AUGCUCUCUAGAAUCUUUGCUAACCGUUCUUUAAUUUUUGCUUCAGCAAACGUAGCUCGCUUUUCUACCACAAGCUCGCUUUCAUACACACCUACUAAAAAAACCACUACUACCACUACUACUACUACAAAAAUGCCUAAGGAAGGAUCUGGCCGUCGUCGUAAGGAUGAUGUUGAUGGUGUUGCCCCUGCACCCACCAAGAAGGGAAAGAAGAAAGACCCCAAUGCUCCUAAGCGUUCUCUUAGUGCUUAUAUGUUUUUUGCUAAUGAGAAGCGUGAUGAAGUUCGUAAUGAAAACCCAGGAAUUAGCUUUGGUCAAAUUGGCAAGGUUCUUGGAGAAAAGUGGAAGGCUCUUUCUGAAGAAGAAAAGAUACCCUUUGUUGAAAAGGCUGAAACUGACAAGAAGCGUUAUGAAGCUGAAAUGAACCUCUACAAGAAUAACAAGCAGGAGGUUUAUGCUGAGCCUGAAUAA